AAGCUGUUUCUAAUGUCAGGAUAACAGCCAAACCUGGACAGCCAAUAGAAAACAAGGCUUUCUCUCUGACCUGUGAUGCAUCUGGACAGGUGGAUUCAAUACACUGGGUAAAGAACGAUCAGCCUGUCUCUCCAUUUGGCCACAUCACCUUGUCUGCAGACAGUAAAACACUGUCUUUUAAUCCUGUACUGCGGUCAGAUAAUGGUGGUUAUAAGUGUACAGCAUCCAACCCAGUCAGCAAGAUGAGCAGUGAAGUAUAUACACUGACUGUCAGCUAUGGACCUGAGCAAGUGUCUAUUAGUGGAUCAUCACAUACUAUUUAGAACGGCACUAAAGAAAGGCAUCUUCACUGUCAAUGGUACUUCAAUUA